AUUUCUACACAAGUAGAACAAAAGUAGAAACAAGAAAACGACGACGGCGGCGACGAUUUUGUCUAUUCGAAUCAUUUGGAUCAUUCAUCAUUUGUAAAUUUUUGGGUUGUUUUUUUAAUCAUCAAAAUUGUUUUCAAACAAAAACCAAAAAUUUAAAUGUUUUUCAACUGAAUUCUCUUGUGUGUGUGUGUGCGUGUGUGCUUUUCUUUCUAUCCAUCAUCAUCGUCGUAAUCUUGAUUUUUGGCAUCAUCAUAAUUUCGAAAUUCUUCACAUCCAAAAACAGCGCAAUAGCAAAAGAUAGAAUAACAUCAUCAUGUUAUCAUUAAAAUUGUUAUUAGAAAAAAUAAUAAAUAAUUGUAUAAAUCGUUUUAUACGAUUUAUACCGAAUUUAUCAUUAAUAUUAACACCAUUAAUCGGUAUACCGAUAUUAGUUUUAAAUGAACAAUCAACUAAUGAAACAAAAUGUCUUUAUCUAAUAAUUAUAAUGGCAAUAUUAUGGUCAUUAAAUCCAAUACCAUUACCGAUAACAUCAAUGUUACCAAUUGUAAUGUUACCAUUAUUAGGAUUAGCAACAACCGAUAUUGCUUGUAGUUCAUAUUUACGUGCAAACAAUAUGUUAUUUUUAGCAUGUUUAACAAUUGCAUUAGCAAUUGAAAAAUCAAAUUUUCAUCAACGUAUUGCAUUAAAAGUAUUGUCCAGUUGUUGUCAAUUAACUAAAUUUCAUUGGAUGUUAUUAGGUUUUAUGAUGAUAACAAUGUUUUUUUCAAUGUGGAUUGUAUCCACUGCAACUGUUGCAAUGAUGUUACCAAUAAUGGAUGAAAUUUUACGUAAUAUUUUUACUACAAUCAAUAAUAAUGAUGAUGAUGACAAUAAUGAUAAUAAACAACAAAAUCGUUCAAUAUCAAAUGAUAAUAAUGGUUUUAAUAUUAAAAUAAUUACAAAUAAUGUUAAUGAUGAUGAUUAUGAUGAUGAAGAUGAAAAAGAAUUGAAAAAUUUAAUGAAAAAAAAGGAUAAAAUUAGUACAUUAUUCUAUCUUUGUAUUGCAUAUUCGGCUACAAUUGGUGGUGUCAGUACGCUUACAUCGAAUGGACCAAAUCUAAUAAUGAAAGAUAUUCUUGAAAAUCAUUAUCAUAAUCAAGAUCCAGUUGAUUAUGCAAGCUAUCUAUUAUAUUCAACACCGGUUAAUAUUAUUAUCUGUCUAACUGUUUGGUUAAUAUUUUCAGCAAUUUAUUUAAGAGAUAUAACAAUAUCACCAAAACGACAAACAUUUUUACGUAAACAUAUAAUGGAAAAAUAUCAACGUCUUGGUUCGAUGACAUUCCAUGAAUGGGCCGUUGUUUUUGUAUUCAUUUUAAUGAUAUUAUUAUAUACAUUUUAUAAACCACCAUCAUUACCUGGUUGGUCACAAUUAUUUCCACCUGAACAUACACCAAAAUUAGCAUCAGCAGCAAUAUUAUGUGUAAUAUUAUUAUUUUUAAUACCAAAUCAUCUUGGACAAUGGAAUCCAAAUCUACAACAAGAUGCAUUAUUAGAUUGGCAUACAAUGCAAACAAAAUUAGAAUGGAGUGUACUUAUUAUACGUGGUGGUGGAUUUGCAUUAGCCGAUGCUGUUGAGUCAUCGGGUCUAUCAAAAUUGGUCGGUGCGCAAUUAUCACAUUUAGGUAAUAUAUUACCUUUACAAACAUUAAUUGCAAUCAUUAUUAUUGUAGCCAAUUGGGUUAUUGAAGUAAUGCGUACAUCAGCAACAGCUAGUAUAAUGAUACCUGUAGCAAUAAAAUUAUCGGAAAAUCUUCAUAUAAAUCCAUUGAAAAUUAUAUUACCAUUAACAGCAUCUUGUUCAUAUGCAUUUAUAUCACCUGUUGGUACAACAUCAAAUACAUUGAUAUUUUAUCAUGCUAAAUUAUCAAUCAAAGAUAUGAUUAUACCCGGUUUUAUUGCCAAAACUAUAUCCAUAUCAAUGUUAUUAUUAAAUACAUGGCUAUUUGGUAAUUUUUAUUUUGCUAUCGAUGAUGAUUCCAGUCCAUCAUGGACAACAUUAAUCAACAAUAAUCCUAAUAUUGAUGAUGAUAAUGAAAUUAGUAAAAAUUUUCAUCUAACUCAUCAUAAUAUGGAUCUCAUCUAUCCAUUAGGUGUAUUUGAUAAUAUUACUACAACUAUUCCAACAACAACAUUAUAAUUCAAUUAGAAUGAUAAUUUUCAAAUUAAAAAAAAAUAAUCAAUUAAUAUCAGAUC